CUCGUGGCGCCGCGAGUCAGGUUGAGGACGUAGGUUAUUGUACUUCCAGACGACGCUAUUGUAAACACGUGCUCUGGCAUCAUGAACAUUCAGCUUCUUCUGCUUACCUUGGCGGCGGCGUCGACGUGGACUCCGGGGGCCCUUGGAGACAAGUUACCUGGCGGAGGCCACGGCGGCGGAGGCCACGGCGGCGGAGGACCAGGAAGGGGAACCGGCAGACGCGGACAGACUUCGGGGACAGCCUCACAGAGUUACGGACUUCCUCAGCAGGGUUUCUCGUCAGGGCGCAGCGGGCACGGGAGCGCCGGCGGGUCUGGCGCGGGGCUCUCCUCGUCCUACUCUCAGUCGUCAAAUUCCCUCGCAAAUGGAGGAAGUUCUAGCUACGACUUGCCUGACGAGAUCACAGCCCCGGGCCAGGCCUACGGCGCUCCCUCGCAGCAGACACAGACCGCACAGUCACCCAGCCAGACGUACGGACAGCCUAGCAGGGGUCAGACCCAGACUGUAAGUCAGACAUAUAGUACACCACAACAGACACCGACUAUUUCACAGACAUACGACGCACCCCAGUCCUCCAGGAUCAGCCAGAGUCCUUCUCAGACUUAUGGGGCUCCUCAGCAACAACUCUCACAAACCUAUGGCACACCUAGCAGGCAGCAGCAGCCCUCUCAGAGUUAUGGAACUCCACAACAGCAGCAGCCGUCUCAGAGCUAUGGAACUCCACAGCAGCAGCAGCCGUCUCAGAGCUAUGGAACUGCACAACAGCAGCAGCCGUCACAGAGCUAUGGAACUCCACAACAGCAGCAGCAGCGUCACAGAGCUAUGGAUCCACAGCAGCAGCAGCCGUCACAGAGCUAUGGAACUCCACAGCAGCAGCAGCCGUCUCAGAGCUAUGGAACUCCACAGCAGCACUAUGGAACUCCACAGCAGCAGCAGUCACAGAGCUAUGGAACUCCACAACAGCAGCAGCAGCCGUCACAGAGCUAUGGAACUCCACAGCAGCAGCAGCCGUCACAGAGCUAUGGAACUCCACAACAGCAGCAGCAGCCGUCACAGAGCUAUGGAACUCCACAACAGCAGCAGCAGCCGUCCCAGAGCUAUGGAACUCCACAGCAGCAGCAGCCGUCACAGAGCUAUGGAACUCCACAGCAGCAGCAGCCGUCACAGAGCUAUGGAACUCCACAGCAGCAGCAGCCGUCACAGAGCUAUGGAACUCCACAGCAGCAGCAGCCGUCACAGAGCUAUGGAACUCCUCAGCAGCAGCCGUCUCAGAGCUAUGGAACACCAAAACAACAGCAGCAGCCGUCCCAGAGCUAUGGAACUCCAGAGCAGCAGCAGCCGUCACAGAGUUAUAGAGCCCCAGAGCAGCCCUCUCAAAAUUAUGGAGCACCCGAACAGCCGUCCCAGAAUUAUGGUGCUCCCCAGCAAUCACAAAAUGGUUAUGGCCAGAGACAAAAUGCGAACAGGUCAGGUGCCAGGCGAAAUAAUAACGGAGGAAACAGAUAUGGAGGGCGCCAGAACAACGGUGGGGGAAAUGGAUUCGGAGGCAAGCAGAAUAGAGGCAGCAACACUGGUUAUGGAAGCCAGCAGAAUGUUGGCAACAAUGGAUACGGGGGCCAGCAGAACGGAGGCAACAGUGGGUAUGGGGGCCAGCAGAACGGAGGCAACAGUGGGUAUGGGGGCCAGCAGAACGGAGGCAACAGUGGGUAUGGGGGCCAGCAGAACGGAGGCAACGUGGGUAUGGGGGCCAGCAGAACGGCGGUGGGUAUGGGGGCCAGCAGAAUGGAGGCAACAGUGGGUAUGGAGGCCAGCAGAAUGGAGGUAACACUGGGUAUGGAGAUCAACCAAAUACCGGUGGAGGAAAUGGAUAUGGAGACCAGCAACAUAUGAAGGGGAUGCCAUAUGGUUUUGACUACGCCGUCAACGACCAGUACACGGGCACUGAUUUCUCACAGACUGAGUCCUCUGACGGAAACGUAGUAACCGGGGAGUACCGGGUUCUCUUGCCCGACGGGAGGACACAGAUCGUCAC